AUGGCGUCGUCCGUAAGCAGCAGUACAGGCUCCGACAGCCCCGGCAGCAUGACAACAACGACGAUGACGACGACGACGGCCGCCGGCACCAAGCCGCAGGGCGUGACGGUCGUGGCGACGCUCACCAAGCGCUCGCUGAUCCCGGCCCGCUGGAAGGAAGGCUCGGUGCGCGUCGUCGGCAUGGCCGAGUGCACCGAGGCCGCCCUGACCCUGGCCCACGCCUUUGCGACCGACGACUACGCCCGCUACCUCGUCGACGACGACGGCGGCGGCGGCGGCGGCGACGCAGCCACUGCUUCUCCUUCCUCUCCUUCUCCCUCUUCCUCUUCCUCUUCUUCUUUUACCGCCAGCAGCAGCGAGAAGAGCGGCUGGAGAAGGAGUGGCGGCGGCGGCGGCAGCGACCUGACUGCCGAGGAGAGCAAGUGGAGGCUGCAUGUCGACUUCCUGGUGUACACGGUGGCCGCGCACUGCAUCAGCGGGCUGGUCACGGCCGUGGGCCCCGAGUGUGAUAGCGUGGCGCUCUGGGUGCCGCCCGGAAAACACCUCGACGGAUGGUGGACGCAGCUCCGCAGCGGCAUGUGGCGGCUCUACUUCCAGUUCUCGCACGAGGCCAGGAAGCGCUACUUCGACGAGAUCUUGCCGUUGCUGCACGACACAAAGGCCCAGGUCCUCGGCGACCGCAACGGCGAGGAGUGGUACCUGAGCUAUCUCGGCACCAAGCCCAGCUCGCAGGGUCGAGGGUACGCUGCGAAGCUUCUGAAGGAUGUGAUGGCGCGGGCCGACGCCGAAAACCGACCCAUAUAUCUGGAAUCCAGCUCGCUGGCCAACAAUGCCUACUAUGAGAAGUUUGACUUCGAGGUCAAACGGGACAUCUUUCUUGAGCGCGGGCCCGUCCCGGUUCGCUUGUCCAUCAUGGUUCGUGAGCCCCGCGUGCCCGGUUGCAAGGUCGCUUACGCCAGUCCGAACCCGAGUGCGAGAAAGAGGUUCCCCGGCGCUGUGAAGAAGCCGAUGUGA